CCAUUUGUGUUCUUCAAAAGAAGAGGAGGCACGAUGAAGAGCUCUUUGUUGCUGUGUGUGGCCUUGGCUAUCUCCUUGGGGCUUGUCCUGGUGGCAGGUUAUCCACAUGACCCUGAUGACGAGGAGUAUGUGCUGGUCAAUAACAAGUGCCAGUGUGUAACAGUGACCUCAAAGUUUGUCGCCUCCAAAGAAAAUCCUGGUGAAGAAAUCCUGCAGAGAAACAUACGCAUCCUAGUCCCCCUGAAGGCUCGAGAGAACAUCUCUGACCCCAUGUCCCCACUCAGAACCACUUUUGUCUACCGCAUGACUGACCUCUGCAAAAAAUGUGAUCCUGUGGAAAUUGAGCUGGGUGGUGAGAUAUACAAGGCCCAGCAAAGCACUUCCUGUGAUGAAUCUGAAACCUGCUACACCUACAACCGGGACAAGUGCUAUACUACAACCUUCCCAUUCCUCUACCACGGAGAGAUGAAAAACUUGCAAGCAGUGCUGACACCAGCGUCCUGCUAUGCUGAUUAG